AUGAAAACUACUUUGAGUGGAUGCUCAACAAUAGACAAUAUGUUAAAUGGAGGAUUUCGUUCUAGUCACAUCACUGAGGUAUAUGGUGAUGAGGGAACAGGCAUGACACAAUUAUGCUUGCAAAUGAUGUUAGCAGCUCAGUUGUCUCCAUCAAUGGGGGGUUUAGGAUCUGCAUCGGUGUACAUACAGUCGAUCGGUGAGUUUCCUUCUGGCAGAAUCAAUGACAUGAUCCCCCUAGUAUUUGGUUCGACUACACCAAAAGAUCGGCACCCUUUGGAGAAAAUAUUAGUGAAAAAGGUGGAAUCUCCUCAAGAUCUCGUUGGAACCGUUCAAUGGCUAGAAAUCUUCCUUCAAAGUGAAAUAGGUAAAAAAGGAAAUUAUCAAGUUGUUGUGAUAGACUCUAUUUCAAGUAUAUGUCGUUUUCAUUUUACAAACACGAGGGAGUCUAUGAUGGAAAGGACUGCAAUUUUGAUUGUGGUCUCAAAUGGACUGAGAUCGUUGGCAAAUAAAUAUGAUCUUGUUAUUGUAGCUGUCAAUAAUGUUGUAGAAGUGUCCCAGACUGAUUACGAGGGAUCCAGCAACAUGAUCAUGUCCAACGGAAGGAAGGUCAAACCUGCGCUAGGAAGAAUGUGGUAUAAUAACAUUUGCACAAGAAUUUUCAUGUCCAAGAAUUUCAAUAGCAACAGUGAGGUGUCAGAAAGAACUAUGUUGUUAUUAUCUUCACCCAUAUCAGAUGUUAAUGCGUGCAAUUUAGUAAGGCUGGUAUAG